AUGACUACUUCUCGCGUCCUCGCCGUUCUCGGCCUCAUCUGCGUCGCCCUCUGCGUGGCUGGCGCGAGCGCACAAGCGACGCCGCCGCCGAAGCCCACCAAGGCGCAAAUCAAGGCUGAACUCAACAACUUGGCGACGAACAUCACGAAGCGUUACCCGCAAUACGCGAAAUACGCCAAGGACAUCAACCGUUACAUCGGCCUCGCGCUCAACUCCAAAUACGACUUCUCAGCCCUCGCAGACGCCACCAUCCUCCUCCCCAGCGACCCAGAAGCCCAAGCCCUCGCUAAGAAGCUCCCCGCUAAGAGCAGCAACCUCCCCACAAUCUACAAUAUUACCGCUUACCACAUUAUUCGCAGGAAACUCACCGUUCCUCCGCUGAAAUCGCUCAAGAAGUCGCAGCCGCUGGCUACACAACUGAAGCAAGCGAUCUACAAGGUUUCGCCUCAAAACGGAAACGCCGUGUCGUUCGCCCGGGGGCCGAACGCGCCUGCAGCUGCGUGGACGACCAUCAAGAUCGCGCGGCUUUACGCUGGGCCUUACUUCAUCGCGCAUGGCGUGGAUAAGAUUCUCAUCCCCGCUGGCACGACCAUGCCCAAAAGCAUAUCCCCUUUUUCCGCCCUUCCCCUCCUCAUCCCCACACCCCACAUCCCCCUUCUCCCGUAUCCCCCUCUUCUGCUUCCGCGGCUUUCUUUUCCGCAUGUCCUUCCGCGCUGCCCCCCGCCAGCCUCCCGCGUGGCGCAGGCUGCAGCAGUAGCGGAGGCGGAAGCAAAGGCGGGAGAAAGUGCGGAGGGUGAGGGAAAAGAGAAGCAGCAGCGGCGGGUGGUGGUGACGGGCAUGGGCAUCGUGUCGUGCCUGAGCAUGAACGCGCACGAGUUUUACCAGAAGCUUCUGGACGGCACCAGUGGCAUCUCCGCUAUAGAGGGAUUCGAUGCCUCUGAGUUCCCCACAUGCAUCGCAGGCGAGAUCAAGGAGUUCAAGGACAAGAGCGCAUUGCAGGCGAGAUACAAGGAGUUCAAGGACAAGGGCUACGUGCACCCCAAGAUGGCGCGGCGCAUGGACAAGUACAUGCGCUACCUGCUCACGGCGGGCCACUUGUGCAUGACAUGGCUUCGCAUCGCGGGCGAGAUCAAGGUGUUCAAGGACAAGGGCUACGUGCACCCCAAGAUGGCGCGGCGCAUGGACAAGUACAUGCGCUACCUGCUCACGGCGGGCAAGCGGGCUUUAAGGGACGCGCACAUGAGCAAGGAGGUGCAGGAGGGGUUCAACAAGCAGAAGUGCGGCGUGCUCAUUGGCUCGGCUAUGGGCGGCAUGCAGGUGUUCAACGAUGCGGUGGAGGCGCUCAAGGUGUUCAACGACGCGGUGGAGGCGCUCAAGGUGUCGUAUCGCCGCAUGAACCCGUUCUGCAUACCCUUCGUCACCACCAACAUGGGCUCUGCCAUGCUCGCCAUGGACCUGGUGUGUGCUACAGUGGUGGAAUGGAACGGAGUCAUCAUGGGCUGGAUGGGUCCCAACUACAGCAUCUCCACUGCCUGCGCCACUGCUAACUACUGCAUUCUCUCCUUACGUCAUAGCUUCUCCAAUCCAAACUUCCGUCUCUAUUCGUCCCUUUCUUCCCCAUUCCCGUUCCUCCAUCAGGGCUGGAUGGGUCCCAACUACAGCAUCUCCACUGCCUGCGCCACUGCCAACUACUGCAUUCUCGCUGCUGCCCAGCACAUUCAGAGAGGCGAUGCGGACGUGAUGCUGUCAGGAGGGUCGGAUGCUCCCGUCUUGCCUCUCGGCCCAAACCUUUUCAUGAAUCCAUUCUCCAUCCCCUCCCCUUCCGCCAUCCUCCCCCUUCCAUCCUCCCCCUCCUUCGUCCAUCGUACAUCCCCCUCAGCAAGCAUUUCAAGCUGCUCGUUUCCAUCUCUUUCUCUCGCUUCCUCAUCUCCACCCUCCCUGUCUUCCUGCUGUCCUCUCUUCCCUCCUCUCUCCUUUUCCCCCGCUCCGUUUCCUCCUCUCACCCCUUUUCCAGGACUGGGUGGAUUCGUGGCCUGCAAGGCACUCUCUAAACGCAACGACGAGCCUGAGAGGGCCUCCCGCCCCUGGGACAAGCAUGCAAACACUCUCCCGCCCCUGGGACAAGGGGAUUCAGUGCAUUCCCCCUCUCCCCUCCUCUCCCCUUCUCGAGCAGUCCUCCUUCCUCCUCCUUCAGUGCAUUCCCCUCCUCUCCCCUUCUCUCUCCUUCUCUCCCUCUUUCUCUCACAGAAUCGUGAUGGCUUUGUGAUGGGCGAGGGAGCGGGUGUGUUGGUGCUGGAGGAGCUGGAGCACGCCAAGGGAGCGGGUGUGUUGGUGCUGGAGGAGCUGGAGCACGCCAAGGGAGCGGGUGUGUUGGUGCUGGAGGAGCUCGAGCACGCCAAGGUGUGUGUGUGUGUGUGUGUGCGCGCGCGUGCGCGUGCACGGGUGCAUGGGUGUGUGGCUGCGCGGUUGUGUGCGUGUGCGGGUGUGCUGGUGUGUGGGUGUGCGGGUGUGUAUGCUGCAACCAUUUUGCUGAAGUCACGUGCUUCAUCCUUGUUUCUCUUUCUCUGUCAGCCAACCCAGUGGUAUUGUACCACUUUACCCAUCUGCAUCUCUCUCCUUCCCCGUCUGGCCUCUCCCGCUGCCUCUUCACCCUUCUUCACCCCUCUGCACCUCGUCCCUUCCAAGGCCCGAGGCGCCACCAUCUACGCCGAGUUUCUGGGCGGCAGUGUGUCAUGCGAUGCACACCAUAUGACCGACCCGCACCCUCAAGGCAAGGGCGUGCUGAUGUGCAUUGAGCAGGCGCUGGCAUCAUCCGUAUGCAAGGGCGUGCUGAUGUGCAUUGAGCAGGCGCUGGCGUCAUCGGGAGUGCCUCGCGAAUACGUGAACUACGUGAACGCCCACGCCACCAGCACUCUGGCCGGCGAUGUGCAAGAGUACAAGGCGCUCGUGGCUGCGUUUGGAAACAACCCCGUGCUGAAGAUGAAUGCCACCAAGUCCAUGAUCGGUCAUCUGCUGGGCGCGGCACUGAAGAUGAAUGCCACCAAGUCCAUGAUCGGCCAUCUGCUGGGCGCGGCAGGAGGAGUGGAGGCCAUUGCGACUGUUGGGGCCAUCCACACAGGCUACCUCCACCCCAACCUCAACCUGGAAAACCUUGAGGACGGCCUGGUAAGGGGUAGCUGCGGGCAUGGGAGCAGUGCAGGUACGUUGUGA